AUGGACACCGGGCUCCUGUCCUCGCUCGUGCCGUUUGUCCUCUGGAUCGGCGGUACCUUCUGCUGGUGGGGACUCAGAGGCCGCCUGUGGUAUCGCUCCACGCGUCACCUCUGGCCGUGUUUCCUCGUCGCGAGCCCGUUCGGCGGGCUCAACGUCCCAAAGCUUCCUCCGCACGAUAAACAAUGGUGUUGCUUCAGGGCGUCGCCGGGGUCGAGGAAGUACAAGGCUGUGCGGGUGGCGCCGUGUUUUCCCGAAAAUCCGUGCGCUGUGUGUGGCAAGGCGUGCGGCCUCACCGACAGGGAGCUGGACCGUCAGCGACACCCGUGCGGUCUCGGCUGCGGGUGUCGCUGCGCGUGCAUCGGUUGCAAGUACACCAACGCGGGGGAGUGCGAGAGGGUGCUGUGCGAGGACACCGUGCCCGAGGACGUAGUGGGGAACACGGUGGCUUCGGUCGCCGCGGGGGGUCUCUCGGCGAUCGCGACGGCGCUCACGAACGUCAGUCGUAGCGUGGAGCAGCUCACGCGCCAGCAGGUGGAGCGGCAGCAGCGGAGGCAGCAGCAGGCUCCCGUGCCUGCGGAGAUGCGUCGGGGAUACGCGCCGCAGCCGCCGCAGCCUCAGUAUCAGGCACCUGCGACACAGUGGGACGCACAGCGUCAAGUCUACGAGCAGCACAGGUGGGAACAGCAACAGCAGCAGCAGCAGCAGCAGCAGCAGCAGCAGCAGCAGCAGCAGCCCAACUACCCGCAGCCAAACUAUGCACCGCCCGCUCCGCCCCCGCCGCCGCCGCCAGUGCAGACUGGAAAUCCGUUCGCACCUCCGGGUGCGGCCGAACCCGCGAGCCCCUCGGCGCCGCCCACCGCGCUCCUGUACCCGUCAGUUCCCGGCGGGCCCGAGCCUCAGGCCCACGCGGCUCCACCGCCCACGGAGACUGGCGCUCCGUCGCGAGAGGAACAGGCCAAGCUCGCGGCGGCCAAGGCUGCGACGGAGGCGAAGGUUGCGGCUGGGAAGGCCGCCAAGGCUGCGAAAGCGACGGGAGCGAAGAUGGCCACGAUGCUGGGAAAGGGUAUGCAGGCCGUGGGUAAGAGAAUGGAGGAGGCGGCGAAGGAUGGCGCCUCGAAGGCAAAGGACCGCAAUCCUCAGAAUAGGCAGUGAUAG